UAUCAAAGCUGACUCUUCUUCUAUAUUUCUCAUUCUUCCAACAAUAACUAUUCUCUCUUCAUUAAAAAAAAAAAAGCUUCUCAUUAUAUUUUUCUCCUGUUGUGUUAUUUUCUUAUUUUUUUCUGGGAUUUUUUUUUUAAUGGAACUUUGAGUUUAACUUGACUUAAAGGCUUAUUCUCUUAUUGAAAGAUAAUCACAGAAGAAUAAAUAAAAAUUGUAGCUAUGGCUGUUGAAGAAGGUAAACUUGCAACAGAAACAGAGAAAAAUAGAGAAAGCAAUGAGCAUCAAGAGAUAGAGCUUCACAGGAACGACUUAGGCCUCGAAGAUUCAUCAUCGCCAAGAGGUGUACUCGGAAUCACAGCUAUGGCUUCAGAUACAGACAAUAAUAACAGCACUUCUUACAGUAGUUGCACAUCCUGCUCCUCUGACGGUAAAUCAUCAUCAACAUCGUUGUCUCCAGUUUCAAACACUCCUAAUAAAAACGUUUCGUCUUCCUCCAAUGGUCUCCACUGGACCAAAAUGAUUGAAUCCAUCAAGAAAAAGUCCUUUAGACGCUUCACAGUGAUUCCUUUCCUCGCAAGUUACCAACUCACACGUAAAAACUUGCGCCGCAAGCAACUUAUUCUCUCCCCCUCCGAGAAUAGCUUCUUCAUGGCUAAACCCUCCUGGCGAAACUUCACCUACGAAGAGCUCGCUGCAGCUACCGAAGAUUUCAAUCCUGAGAACAUGAUUGGUAAAGGAGGACAUGCAGAGGUAUACAAAGGAGUUUUGCCUGACGGCGAGACGGUAGCUAUCAAGAAGGUGAUGAGUCACAACAAGAAAGAAGACGAGAGAGUGAGUGACUUCCUCUCAGAGCUAGGUAUCAUCGCACAUGUAAACCACACAAACGCAGCUAAGCUUCUCGGUUUCAGUAUUGAUCGUGGUUUGCAUUUUGUGCUUGAGUACUCACCUCAUGGCAGCCUCGCUACUAUGCUCUUUGGAACAGAGGAGUGUCUGGAGUGGAAAAUAAGGUAUAAAGUGGCUUUAGGUAUAGCUGAUGGUCUGAGUUAUCUUCACAAUGAUUGCCCUAGACGGAUCAUUCACCGUGACAUCAAAGCUUCUAACAUACUUCUCAGCCGGGACUAUGAUGCUCAGAUUUCAGACUUUGGACUUGCAAAAUGGCUUCCAGAGAACUGGCUUCAUCAUGUUGUGUCUCCCAUUGAAGGAACAUUCGGAUACAUGGCUCCUGAAUAUUUCAUACACGGCAUUGUUGAUGAGAAGAUCGAUGUGUUUGCCUUUGGUGUAUUGCUUCUAGAGAUUAUAACCGGUCGUAGAGCUGUUGAUACAGCAAACAAACAAAGCAUCGUUGCAUGGGCAAAACCUUUUCUUGGAAAGAACAGCGUUGAGGACAUUGUGGAUCCUCGUCUAGGAAAUGAGUUUGAUGUAACAGAGAUGAAACGAGUGAUGCUAACAGCUUCAAUGUGUAUACAUCAUAUAGCCACAAUGCGACCUGACAUGACCAUGUUGGUGCAGCUGUUGCGUGGAGAAGAGGGACCAGAUGAGCUGCAGCAGAAGCCAGGUGAAAGAGCUGAGGUGAGUGUGAAUGCAUGCGAUGUACAGGAUCACACAUCCUCCUCAUACCUCAACGAACUCACUCGCCAUAGGCAACUACUGAUGGAGUAAGUAGAAGCAACCAAAGCAACUUAGUCCCUGAUAACAAAUGUAUUUUAUAUUCUCCAUUGGUUGCUUCUUUUAUUUCCCCAACCAAACUGUAAAUAUCAUCAUGUGUCACUAUGUUGUUCUACUGGUCUCAACUCCAAAAGAGUUGUCUAUAUUAAUACAAAGUCCAUUGUUAGUCAACAUGGCUACAUAAACAGAAACACAUUUCAUUAAAUGGAAACAGAGUAACGGUACAAGUGAGAUUUUCAUAUCCUUCUAGUCAGCUUAUGGGGUUAGCUAGAAUCAAGAAGUUGAACAUUAGAAAGAAGUUGUCAUCCCUUAAAAACCAUUAAAAACUAA